CCACUCCGCGGACGUAUUGUUUCAGGAAGUGAAUCUCAGACGACUCGGUUCUCUAGGAAAGCAUGAGCGAUACUACAGAUUUAUGAUUUUUAAAUCAAAAGUCUUAAAGGCUAGCAGACAUGGAGAACUGGAGCCUUAUCUCACUAUGCGUGCUGCUCGGUUUAACGUCGAGAUGGGCAGUGUCUUUUCAUUCCUAUUCAGGUGCAGGUAAACCGCCAAUGUUCGGUGACUAUGAAGCACAGAGACACUGGCAAGAAGUGACUUACAAUCUACCUGUUCAUGAAUGGUACUUCAAUACUACAAAUAAUGAUUUGAACUACUGGGGUCUUGAUUAUCCUCCUUUGACAGCAUAUCACAGUCUGGUCUGUGCAUACGUAGCAAAGCUGCUCAAUCCUGAAUGGGUGGAGCUGUAUGCAUCUAGAGGCUAUGAAAGCCAUGCACAUAAGUUGUUCAUGAGGGCCACAGUUCUUUUUACAGAUAUAUUGAUCUACAUUCCAGCAGUUUUGUUUUACUGCUUCCACUUUUGCGAUGGAUCCUCUAAACAAAAGGUUGCUGCAGCUUUCUCCAUCCUUCUGUAUCCAGGACUUAUACUGAUUGACUACGGUCAUUUUCAAUAUAACAGUGUGAGCCUGGGUCUGGCUCUAUGGGGGAUUCUAGGACUUGGUUUGGGCUGGGACUUGUUUGGUUCCUUGGCGUUCACUUUGGCUCUCAAUUACAAGCAAAUGGAAUUGUAUCAUUCACUCCCUUUCUUCUGUUACCUCCUGGGCAAGUGUAUCAAGCAGGGCUUGACUGGGAGAGGAUUUUUUCAUUUGGUCAAGAUCUCCAUGACUGUACUGGUGACCUUUGUCCUCUGCUGGAUGCCUUUUUUGUCUGACCCCAAACAACCUCUACAAGUUCUUCAUCGCCUUUUCCCCGUUGAUCGGGGUUUGUUUGAGGAUAAAGUGGCUAACACAUGGUGCAGCUUGAAUGUGCUGAUAAAGAUCAAGACCCUGCUGUCCAGAGAGACUCAGCUGUUCCUCAGUUUUGCUCUUACUCUGUUGUUCGUCCUGCCUUCAUCUUUAAAACUGUUGUCCAAACCAACUCUAUGGCAGUUUAAGCUUGCCUUGGUGAACACCUCCCUGGCUUUUUUCCUCUUCUCCUUCCAAGUCCAUGAGAAGUCUAUCCUUCUAGUAGCCUUGCCAGUUUGCCUUGUCAUCAAUGAAAUACCUCUGAUCGCCAUUUGGUUUCUACUAACAUCAACUUUCAGCAUGCUCCCCCUUCUGCUGAAGGACGGUUUGCUGUUGCCUUAUGUGGUGACCUCACUGGCAUUCCUCUUUCUGAGUUUGUAUCUACUCUCUGCUUUCGAGAGAAGUACAGAAGAAGAGCUCAGACUGGGUCUCUAUCGCAAACUCACUCAGCGCUGGCUGCCUAAACUCAACCUCAGCCGGAUCAUUAAAUGGAAAUUCUGGUUUUCAUUGGUGGCCAUGGCAGCGUUGAGCUUUACGAGCGUGUGGUUGAAGCCCCCAGCCAAGUUUCCCGAUCUGUUUCCGGUGCUGGUCUCAGCCCUCUCCUUUCUCCACUUUCUGGGCUUCAUCAUAUAUUUCAACCAGGUCCAGUUGAUGGAGCCGCAGAGGAAAAAGAGUCAGAAGAAAACAAACUGAAAUAUGUCUUCAAAGACGUUGGUUGUCAGAGGAAGAACUACAGCCAGGAUGACGGUGAAAGGAAAGGACAGUCCCUUCGGUUAGAAAAGAACAGGAUGGGAAUAGUUUGGGAAAAUUCAAUUUCCUGUUAAUAAGGUUUAGGGAUCUUGCUUGAGUUGAGAAGAGUGUAUUCAGUGAAAGGAGAUACAGUUACUUUCUCUCACUUGUUUGCCUUGGAGACAAAUUCAGUUAGUGGGAUAUUGGUAUUGUGUAAAUGACCAAACCGUAAGACCAUUAUUUUUACAUUUUUAAUACAUCAUUAAAUGGUUUUGUACCAAA